AUGCUGCGCAUCACCAAUUUAGUUUCGGGCGUGCAGCUGACAAGUCUUCCUCUCACGGAGCUGAGCGAUGUGAAGGACCUGAAGCAGCACUUGAAUCAGCAGCACGGCCUGCCGCCUCGCUUUAGGCAAAGGCUUCUUCAUGAAGGCGCCGCUUUGGAUGAUGCCGUCAAGCUUGACACUGCCUUCCACCUGAAGCUUGUGGCUGCGACGUCCCAAGGCACCGACACACGAAAACGGCGCGCCGCGGGGGCCCAGCGUAGUUUCGCAGGCGAUGGAGCCUCGAAGCGGCGCUUGGAACCAGAGGCUGUGCCGCCACCACGCAGACGCAAGCGGCUUGCCGAGGAGAAUUUGAGAAACUUUGUCGAGCCGGACACCGUGAUGGAUCUGCAGGUUGUGAUUUUGACAUUCUCUGAGGCUUCACAGGACCAGCACAGAAAGCUAUGCAGAGCAGCCGGUGAAGGCCUCGUGGCCGAGGUUGAAGCUCUGCUGCAGCUUGCCAUUGACCCGGAUGCUGUCAAGGAUGAGGAUGAGGAUGGCAGUACGCCAUUGAUGAUUGCGUCUGAACACGGCCACAUGCAUAUCGCACAGUUGCUCCUUGAGGCCGGGGCUGACACGGAUUUGCCUGACCUGGCUGGGGGUACAGCACUGAUGCGUGGAGCGGUUAGGGGUCAUGCUCCGGUUGUGCAGUUGCUGCUGGAGGCAGGUGCUGAAACGGAUUUGCGCGACCAUGGGGACAGUACAGCGCUGAUGUGGGCAGCAUGGAGGGGUGAUGCCCUUGUCGUGCAGUUACUGAUUGAGGCCGGGGCUCGGCAUGAUGUGCGUGACCCUCGGGGUAGGACCCCGCUGAUGGAUGCUUCAAUGUUCGGCUUUGCACUGGUGGUGAAGUUGCUUCUGGAGGCCGGCGCUGACAGGCAUCUGCGCGACUACGAGGGCCAGACAGCGCUGAUCUUUGCGAAGAAACGCGAAGUCCGGCGAUUGCUGGAGGCCAGCGCUACGACAUGA